CUUGUAUUAACAAAAUGUAUUUUUAGUAAUAUUUGACCAUCACUGCCGACAAUUAGCAUCUAGAGCUGAUCCACGCAAGGUCCAAAUACCUAACAUGAAUAUAAACGAAUAAAUCUACUUUAUUAAGGACAUUUUUAACAUGUAACAAAAACCAUUGCACGAACUAUGUUUUUGUGACACUUUUGAAAUGUCGGAUUACGAAAGUAAACUUAAGAAAAUCGACGAGACGUCACUGCUGAAGUUACAAGAAGGAAAGGGCCCAGUUGAUGAGUGCCUCUGCCCCCUAUUUUCAUCACCAGACAAGAAGAGUCUCGCGGAGUCAGUCAAGAAGGCUUUCAAAUCUAUUGGGACUCGGAUAGCUAAAAACAAGAGCAAAAAUGUUCCCAUUCAUUUUGAUAACGCCGGAUUCAGCAGCACCAAGGAAGUGGUGAAACGUGUGAGAUCCUGCCGGAAGUGUGGGUGCGACAACGAGAAAUUUAUCCUCAAGCACUCGUAUGCCAAUAUACGUAUCACCAGCCCUGAUAUAUCAUCAAUUUGCCCUUGUCCGUCAGAUUGCCUACCAGAUAAAGCCAAAUUAAGAGAUAAUAUCAAAGUUAUCAUUGAACAUGCAAAUUUGACUAAUUCAUAUAAUGGCGAGGAAUUAUUGAAUGAAAACAAUGAAAUUGAUUUGAUACAAGAUUAA